UACAGACUAACGUUAUACACGCCUAGUUCUACACGAACGCAACUGCAUACGGUCGCUUAUUGUUCGAUGACAUGGAAUAAAACGUUGGCAUCGUUUUAUAGAGCCGACGCAAACAAUUCCGCAGCCCUGGCAGCAGUGUGAUGACGUCACUGGCGUCGGAAGGCGCUGCGCAGAGUUCGGCUUGGAGAUGGCGGUCGGGCUUCAGGCCUGGAGCGGCGGGUCUGUGUAAAACGUAGAAAACAACAAGGGCCUUUCCCCCCCGAGUCUACCGGAGUCUAAAAUAUUGCAGCCCUUGGUCGGAGCCUAACGAGGUUGUAAAGACGGACGUAGUAGUUUUUUUGCAGCCCCAGUUUGUUCAGUCUGUGUGUUCCGUAUGGUAACGACUAGCCUGUUCUACCAUUCGAAGGCCGUCCGAGGAGUAUGGAAUUUAAGGGGAGCACAUGUUAAACAACUCGUGUCUGUGUCAAGAAUCAAGUUAACAUCACAAUGGCAACAGAAAUUGGAUCCCCACCGCGCUUCUUUCACAUGCCUCGGUUUCAGCAUCAGGCUCCAAGACAGCUCUUCUAUAAGCGACCUGACUAUGCCCAGCAACAAGCCAUGCAGCAGCUCACCUUUGAUGGCAAACGUAUGCGAAAAGCUGUGAACCGCAAGACUAUAGACUAUAACCCUUCUGUCAUCAAGUACUUGGAGAACCGUGUUUGGCAGAGAGACCAGAGAGAUAUGAGAGCUAUUCAGCCAGAUGCUGGUUACUACAAUGAUCUGGUUCCACCUAUUGGGAUGCUUAAUAAUCCUUUGAAUGCUGUCACUACAAAGUUUGUGCGCACUUCUACCAAUAAAGUAAAAUGUCCCGUGUUUGUGGUCAGGUGGACUCCAGAGGGUCGCCGGUUGGUCACUGGAGCCUCUAGUGGAGAAUUCACUUUGUGGAAUGGGCUUACCUUUAACUUUGAGACUAUUUUGCAGGCUCAUGACAGCCCAGUUCGAGCCAUGACAUGGUCCCAUAAUGACAUGUGGAUGCUGACUGCUGAUCACAGCGGCUAUGUCAAGUAUUGGCAAUCAAAUAUGAACAACGUGAAGAUGUUCCAGGCGCAUAAGGAGGCGAUUAGAGAGGCCAGUUUCUCCCCUACGGAUAAUAAAUUUGCCACGUGUUCAGAUGAUGGGACAGUUAGGAUAUGGGACUUUCUACGUUGCCAUGAGGAGAGAAUACUACGAGGACAUGGUGCAGAUGUAAAGUGUGUUGACUGGCACCCAACUAAAGGACUUCUUGUCUCUGGAAGCAAAGACAGUCAACAGCCAAUUAAAUUCUGGGAUCCCAAGAAUGGACAGAGCCUUGCAACACUACACGCUCACAAGAACACCGUUAUGGAAGUAAAAUGGAACUUGAACGGGAAUUGGCUGCUCACUGCAUCACGAGAUCACCUCUGUAAACUCUUUGACAUCCGCAACCUUCGUGAAGAGCUACAGGUUUUUCGAGGCCACAAAAAAGAGGCCACCGCUGUUGGCUGGCAUCCUGUUCACGAGGGUCUGUUUGCUAGUGGAGGAUCUGACGGCUCACUGCUCUUCUGGAAUGUUGGAGUGGAGAAGGAAGUUGGUGGCAUGGAAAUUGCUCAUGAAGGAAUGAUCUGGAGUCUUGCAUGGCAUCCUUUAGGGCAUAUUUUGUGCUCAGGAUCUAAUGAUCACACCAGCAAAUUCUGGACAAGAAAUCGACCUGGUGAUAAAAUGCGUGAUCGUUACAACUUGAACUUACUCCCUGGCAUGUCAGAGGAUGGAAUGGAAUACGAUGAUAUUGAACCAAAUAAUUUAGCUGUUAUCCCUGGAAUGGGAAUUCCUGAGCAGCUGAAAAUGGCUAUGGAACAAGAACAAAUGAGCAAAGAAGAGUCAAGUUCUGUGGAGAUGACCAUACCUGGGCUUGACUGGGGGAUGGAAGAAGUGAUGCAAAAAGACCAGAAGAAAGUACCGCAGAAAAAAGUUCCCUAUGCUAAACCCAUUCCGGCUCAGUUCCAACAGGCAUGGUUGCAAAACAAAGUGCCACUGAUACCACCAUCAGAAGCAGUUCCUGACCGAAAAGAAGAGAACAAGUCUGAUGAAAAGAAGAAAAACCAGGCAGAGAUUGAACAGGAGAUGGCAGCUUUACAAUAUACCAAUCCUCAGCUGCUGGAGCAACUAAAGAUUGAAAGGAUAGCACAGAAGCAAGCUGAGGCACCAGGGCAACUUCAGGGUCUCCCAUCUCCUUUGGGUGGACCUCCACAUGGGCCAUCAACAUUCCAGGCACCAGGACCUCCGCUACAGCCAACACAAAGGUUCCAGCAGCCCCCACAUCAGAUGCAAAUGAAUGUGCAACAUGGUCCUGCAGGACAGUUUCUUCCACAAGGAUCUCAAGCAGCCCCAGGUCCACAAAAUUUCAUGGCUUCUGGUCCACAGGGGGUGAGAUCCCAAGAAAUGCAUCCUGGUGCAAAUAGACUACCAGUUCCGCAUGGACCAAUGGGUACACAAGGUCCCCCAGUUAAUUCUGGACCACAAAAUCAGCUAGGGCCUCAGGGACCUUCAGGUCCUAGACCUAUUCAAGGAAUGUCCUCUCACCAUAGCAUGCAGGGGGCAUCUGGUCCUCAAGGACCUCUUAUGGGAGUUACACCAAGGGACGGUCAGGUGCAACAUGGAAAUCCAGGCCCUAAUCAAGGCAUGGCAAUAGUACAUCCAGCACAAGACAUGAGAGGCCCCUCUGGAGCAAUAAUUGGACAUGGACAAGAUAUACGGGGCCCUAUGGAAAUGAGGGGGCCCUCCGAUAUGCGUGGUCCCAAUGAAAUGCGAGGUCCUCAGGAUAUGAGAGGGGGCCCUGACAUACGAGGCCCUCAAGAUAUGAGGGUGCCUAUGGAUAUGCGUGGUCCUCAGGAUAUGAGAGGCCCUCGUGAUAUGCGUGGUCCUCAAGACAUGAGGGGUCCCUCUGAUAUGGGUGGCCCUCAAGAUAUUAGAGGACCCCCAGAUUUGCGUGGGCCUCAGGAUAUUAGGGGACCCCUUGAUAUGCGUGGGCCCCAAGAUAUGAGGGGUCCAUCUGAUAUGAGAGGCCCACAAGAUAUGCGAGGACCCCAGGAUAUCAGGGGGCCACUGGAUAUCAGGGGCCCCACAGACAUGCGUGGACCUCAGGAUAUGAGGGGACCCCCAGACAUGCGUGGACCUCAGGAUAUGAGGGGGCCCACAGACAUGCGUGGACCUCAGGAUAUGAGGGGGCCCCCAGACCUGCGUGGCCCUCAGGAUAUGAGGGGACCCCCAGACAUGCGUGGCCUUCAGGAUAUGAGAGGACCUAUGGACAUGCGUGGCCCACAGAACAUGCGGGGUCCAGCAGACAUGCGUGGCCCUCAAGAUAUGAGGGGGAUGCCUGACAUGCGGGGUCCGCAGGAUAUGAGAGCUCCUCCCGACAUGCGUGUCCACCAAGAUAUGCGUGGACCACCUGAUAUGCGUGGUCCACAAGAUAUGAGAGGGCCACCAGACAUGCGUGGUCCUCAAGAAAUGCGAGGACAUCCUGAUAUGCGUGGCCCUCAAGAUAUGCGUGGCCCUCAAGAUAUGCGAGGACCUCCAGAUAUUCGAGGUCCACCUGACUUGCGUGGCCCUCAGGAUAUGAGGGGUCAUCCAGAAAUGCGUGGACACCCAGAUAUGCGUGGCCUUCAGGAUACAAGAGGCGGUCCAGACUUGCGAGGGCCACAAGACAUGCGUGGACCUCAUGAUUUAAGGGGACCUCCUGACAUUCGUGGACAUCACGAUAUGAGGGGCCAACCUGAAAUGCGUGGUCAUCAGGAUAUGAGGGUCCCCCCUGAUAUGCGUCAAGAUGUGAGAGGCCCACAAGAGAUGAGAAGACCAAAUGAUAUGAGAGGACCCCAUGAUAUGCGUGGCCCUCAGAAUAUGAGAGGCAUACCAGACCUUCAUGGACCACAAGAUAUAAGAACAUCCCCUGAUCUGCGAAAUCCACAGGAUAGUAGGGGACCUGCUGAUAUUGGUGGCCCCCAGGAUUUAAGAGGACCUCAAUCCUCUCAAGGAAACUCCCAAGGACCUCAUAGCCAGCAAAACAUGCCACGAGUAUCUCAUCCAGCACAACAAAAGGCACCAUUACUAGGAGAUGGCCCCAGGCCUUUUAACCAGAGUGGAAAGGGUCAGGCCCCACCGCCUCUAAUCCCUGGCCUAGGAUCACAGAGCUCACAAGGACGUGGCCAUCAAGGUCCAAGCCCCAACAAAGGUGAUAUCCGUGGUCCUCCAAACCAUCAGUUAGGCUCACAGCCAGAACGAAGGCAUGAGCAAAGCCCUGAUCGAGGCCAAUUCCUUGGUGGACAAGAGUGGAAUGAUUCCCGGGACAACAGAGGACCUUCUGAUAGGCGGGGCCCUCGUUCUGAUUCUCAUGAGAGACCAGAAGAUUUUCCUCCAGAUGAUCGAUAUGGCCCCCGAGGACGCGAAUUUGAUGGAAGAGGUGGAGGUACUUCCUCUCAGGAUGAAAAGUGGAGACGUGGAGGAUCUGGCUCACAGUUUCCUCCUAACCACAGAGAUUUUCCAGACAGAGAGAACAGAGAUUCAAACCACUGGGAGGGUAGAAGGCAUUCAGAGGAGAGAUAUUCUAGAGAAUCUGAAGAUGUAAGGCUAAGAGGACAAAGAGAUGAAGAUUUUCACAGGGCUGGACCACAAAGGCGUGAAGGGCGUGGCUCCCGUGGAAGAGAAGAGUUUUCUAACCCAGAGGAAUUUGGUCCUGAUGACAACUUUGACUCCACGGAUGAACCAUUAAGGGGCAGAGAUGGAGGCAGAGGGCGUGGACGAGACUCCCAAAGGGAAGUAAGAAAAGGACUGCUUCCUACCCCAGAACAAUUCUCAGGAUCAGAGCGUGGACCUAACCAUCAGUCCCGAGAAUCAAGAGAAGCAGGACCGGAGCACUUUCCUAACAGUCCUCGCCGUGACAUUCCAACUCCUGAUGGUCAUUCCCCGGCCAGCAGGGAGCGAUCUUCUUCACUUCAGGGCAUGGACAUGGCUUCCUUACCCCCACGCAAAAGGCCCUGGCAUGAUGGCCCUGGUACACCUGACCACAGGGAUCUGGACACAGCAGGGGGACCUCCGGAAGAACCUGUAAAAGCAGCCCGUGAGAGCUCAGGCCCUUCAUUAAGAUCCCAACGGCCAAGCCGAUCUAGCUCCCAGGAGCAGGAGGAGGGCUCAUCUCGGGGUACACGUGGAACAGGAAGCUGGGGAAGAGGGGGCUCUAGGGCAAACAGCAACAUGAACUCCAAUCAGUCAUGGAGAGCAGGACCCAGGGGAAGUGGCAGCAGUGGUGGGGGUGGGAGGAGUCGGUAGGAAUUACUUAAUUCAGUGCAAUGACUCUUUCCACCUCUGUCUCCAAGUCCAUAUUGGACCAAACUUAUUGUGACUUUUAAACAGGACGCUACAGCAGUGUCCGUUAUUAGGAGGAGCCUCUUUUGGAGAUGUCUGACCUUGCACACAGUAGCUGGAUGCACUGAAAACAUGUCUGUCAAACAAAGAUUGAAAGCCUCGUGGAGAACAAUCACAAAGCAACACAUUGGUUUUCCUAUGUCUCUAUUAAGUACUUUUGCUCUCAUGUUGGAGUUGGCAUCCUCUCCUUCCACCCUGUCCCAGUAUAAAAUGGAUAUUUCUAUGUGUACAGUUUGUCAAGAAAGGAGUUGUUUUUGUAUGCAAUGCAGAAUGUAAUUUGAGCAAGAAAUAACAAUGAAAAAGAAAA